GUAAAAAAUCAUGUAAGACUUGAAAGCAGAGAUGUGCAGAAUUACGCUGUUGCUAAUGGCCUUCAGACAUCGAUGACACUGUGCAAAACGUGUGCACAUUUAGAGGAUUUUUCUGUUGGUAUUUAUAUUCAAAUCGGUGAAGCAUAUGCGAAUAAUCCAAAGUUUGAAACAUACCACUAUGGUGAAGGAAGAAAUCGUCAUGGAAAUAUGACGUUAAACUUUUCUAAUACUAAUGAUACUAAAAAAGUAAACAAGUUGAUCGAUAUGUCAAUGAUUUGUAGACUAACAGAAUUCAAGUUUAUAUGUAGAAUGUUUCCAGUUGUCUAUGGCUCUCAUGCUACCAAAAGGACAAAGGAGAUCAAUAAUGAUAAUAAUGAAGAC